AUUUGGAUGGACCAGCCUUGUGUUCUUUAUGUCAUUCAACAGCAACGACGAAUGCUUAGCAGACAACUAUAUUCGUGGAAUAAUCUUUUUAAUACGCGAUAGUAAAUAACCUAGUAGUUCACUCUAAGGAUGAUGACUACGCGGCGUGUUCUUCAAAGCUGUGGCUUUGUCUUUUUCUUUGUUGUGGUGCAGUCCGCACACGGAGACCUGAGCUAUUCUGUACAGGAGGAGCUCAAGCGCGGAUCCGUUAUAGGAAAUAUUGCCAAGGAUCUCGGCCUGGAGGUGGGCAGACUGUCUGCUAGAAAAGCUCGUGUUGACAUGGAAGGAAACGACGGACAGUAUUGUGGGAUAAACCUUCGAAACGGGGAUUUAAUUGUUGCGGAAAGAAUCGACAGAGAGGAGCAUUGUGGAGAAAAACCCUCGUGUGUUCUUAAAUUCGACUUGCUGCUUGAGAAUCCUUUGGAAUUACAUCGGUUGUCCCUGCAGGUGCAGGACAUAAACGACAAUGCACCCAGUUUCCCCAAAGACACUGUGAAGCUUGAAAUCGGAGAGUCAGCUGACAAAGGAGCUCGGUAUCGUAUUAAUGCAGCACACGAUGCUGAUAUAGGCAAGAAUGCGAUUGAAAGCUACAUUUUAGAACACAAUCCUAAUUUUGCAUUCAGUAUUCAGACAACAAGUGCAGGUAGGAAAUAUGGCGAGUUGAUUUUGGGUAAAGAAUUAGACCGAGAGGAGCAGCAGGAAAUCAAAUUGAUACUUACAGCUGUAGACGGUGGUUCUCCUCAGAGAUCCGGGACAGUGCUCAUACAUGUCGUUGUACUUGAUGCUAAUGAUAACGCCCCAGUUUUUACUCACUCUGUUUAUGAAGCCACAGUACCCGAAAACUCUGCUAUCAACACACCAGUUAUUACUGUAAGUGCAUCAGAUGAAGACGAAGGUGUCAACGGAGAGGUAACUUAUGAAUUUAGCCGAAUGUCUGAUAAAUCACGGAAGCUUUUUUCAUUAAAUGAAAAAACUGGUAAAAUCAGUUUGACAGGUAACAUAGAUUAUGAAGAAGGAUCGAGGUAUGAAGUUUUUGUUGAGGCUAAAGAUGGUUAUGGACUCUCCUCAGAAACAAAAGUUAUUAUUGAUGUCACAGAUGUAAACGACAACGCCCCAUUGAUAUUCAUGAAAUCACUAACUAACCAGAUACCCGAGAAUGUGUCACCUGGUACAGAGGUGGGCAUCGUUAACGUGCAGGAUAGAGACUCUGAGACUAACAGACAGGUCCACUGUUCCAUUCAGCAUAACGUCCCUUUUAAGUUGGUUCCUUCUAUUAAAAACUAUUAUUCUCUGGUGACCACAGGACAACUGGACCGUGAACUAGAGUCUGAUUACAACAUUACAGUCACUGCCACUGACGAGGGCUCUCCACCUCUGUCCUCCUCUAAAACCGUUCAGUUAUCUGUAGCAGACAUCAACGACAACCCACCUGUGUUUGAGGAACAAUCCUACAGCGCGUAUGUGAGUGAAAAUAACAAAGCUGGCUCCACUUUAUGUUCCGUUACCGCUCGAGACCCCGACUGGAGACAAAACGGCACAGUGAUUUAUUCUCUUUUACCCGGUGAGGUGAACGGUGCGCCGGUGUCCUCCUAUCUGUCUGUUAACGGAGACACGGGGGUGAUCCACGCUGUGAGGUCGUUUGAUUAUGAACAGUUCAGGAGCUUUAAAGUCCUCGUGAUGGCCAGAGACAACGGUUCUCCUCCGCUCAGCAGCAACGUGACCGUCAGUGUGUUCGUAUCGGAUGUGAACGACAACUCUCCUCAGAUACUGUACCCCAACCCGGAGGGAAACUCCUUCAUGACCGAGCUGGUCCCCAAUGCUGCGCACGGAGGCUCUCUGGUGUCCAAAGUGAUCGCGGUGGACGCGGACUCCGGACAGAAUGCCUGGCUGUCCUAUCAUAUAGUCAAAUCCACUGAUCCGGGACUUUUCACUAUUGGUCUCCACAGUGGAGAGAUCAGGACACAGCGGGGACAUUUCCUGAAUCUGACAGCAUGGAAGCAGAAACCUUCAUUGUCGUAUAGUGGUUUGAUUUGA